AUGUCUUCUCCCAGCAAAGCCCCCCAGCGCAGCGACAUGAUCCUCGCCAUGAACGACCCCUACCUACAGCAAAUCAUCGACGGCACCAAGACCUACGAGUUCCGAAAGUACAACAUGGCCGGCAUCCAGCGCAUCUGGUUCUACCGCACUGCUCCCCACUCCGCCAUAACUCAUAUCUGCACUGUCGACGAAGCCGUCACGAGAAACUCCGGCGAUGCGCCGCUGCCUGAAGAUGGGUUGGGAAACAAGGAAUACAAUGAUAAGGACGCUGAUUACGAGGGCUAUGACUUUGCGUAUCGGAUUAAUGAGGUUUAUGAGAUUCAGGCGGAGGGGGGUCGGGGCAUUACUUGGGCGAUGAUGAGAAAUGAGCAUGGUAUGAAGAUUGCGCCACGGGGAAGGGUUAGGGUUCCGGGGUCUAUGAUUGAGCAGUAUCCUUUGGAAGAUCAGAAGAAGGUGCUCACUCCGACUCUUACCAUCAACGACGCCCCUUCUCCACGAACCCUGAUCAUCAACGACUCAGACCUCAUCUUCACCAUGUUUUCCUUCUUGACCACCAGGAAGACCGUGGUUCGCAACCGCGAGCUCGGUCCCGGCGGCGUCCAACUCAAGGACUACGGUAUUCCCGGUCGUAUCAACCUUUUCGAGGCCCUUUCCGACAUGGGCAUGGAGGAUGACCGAGCCUCUGAUCACCUCGAUGACAACGAUGUCUGGGUCGACUUGGAUACCCAGAAGGACUCUAUCAAGGCCACCCUUCAGCCCAAGUCUGACGUCCAAGUCAAGUCUGACGUCCAAGUGACUGUCAAGACUACUGAGGAAACCGUCAAUGAACUUCAGGCCUGCAUCAUUGAGGACUACUGGACUGAGGAAGCAAUCCAACGUCGAGCUGCGGCCGCUCUCGUUGAAUCGGUGCGCAACUGGUUAGAGAACAUUGACGAGUCUGAUGCUGCCAGCGAAUCCAACGACUCAUCUGAAGAUGAGCACUCUGUCUCUUCAAAGGAGUCAUCUGGCGCCAAGGCCAACGUCUACCAACUCCCCAAGUUCGAGACCUUCCAGAAAACCAAAUUCAAUGGUCCCGUCUUUGACAAAGAGAAGCGAUUGACUGCUUUCAACGACCGCAUCCUUUCCUCUGCUGUCUUCUGGGGAAAAGUCGGCGACGAAUCUGACGACAACAUGUCCGCUUUUUUCAAGCCUGGCAACUAG